UUGCUGUCGGUUUUCAUGGCUAGGGUUAUCGGCUCAACUCUUUUAGGGUUCGGCGUUAUCAGAACCCCCUUGUCUCCAUGUUCCAGGUUUUCAUCUUGCUAUUCCCGAUCGCUUCAUCAUUGCCAAUGGCGCCGGCUCUACUCGUCGGGCUCCAGGGUGAGCAUGAGCGUCAAGGCUGGCAUCGUCGGCCUCCCCAACGUCGGAAAAUCCACACUUUUCAAUGCUGUUGUUGAGAAUGGGAAAGCUCAGGCUGCAAAUUUUCCUUUCUGCACCAUUGAGCCCAAUGUUGGAAUUGUUGCUGUACCAGAUCCACGGUUGAGCAUUCUAUCUCAGCUGAGCAAGUCCCACCGAGUUGUACCGGCCUCUAUAGAAUUUGUUGAUAUUGCUGGUCUAGUAAAAGGAGCCAGUCAAGGAGAGGGAUUAGGUAAUAAAUUUCUUUCCCACAUUCGUGAAGUGGAUUCCAUACUGCAGGUUGUGCGUUGCUUUGAGGAUAAUGACAUUGUUCACGUCAAUGGAAAAAUUGACCCAAAGUCGGAUAUAGAUGUCAUAAACCUAGAGCUGAUUUUCUCAGAUCUUGAUCAGAUAGAUAAAAGAUUGGAAAAAGUCAGGAAAGGCAAGGCAAAGGAUGCACAGUCUAAACUGAAGGAAGAAACGGAGAGAUCAGCUUUGGAAAAAAUUCAAAAGCUUCUCAUGGAUGGAAAACCUGCAAGAUCCGUUCCUUUAACAGACUUCGAAAAAGAUUCUAUACGCCAUCUCUGUUUGCUCACUAUGAAGCCUAUCAUAUAUGUUGCUAAUGUGGCUGAAACAGAUCUCUCUGAACCAAGCAGCAAUCCACACGUUAGAGAAGUACUGAGACUUGCAUCUGAGUUGCAAUCUGGCCUCGUAUCAAUUUCAGCACAGGUUGAAUCUGAGCUCACUGAACUUCCACUAGAAGAGAGAAUAGAGUAUCUGAAGUCCCUUGGUGUGAGUGAAAGUGGACUAGGAAAUCUUAUAAGAGAGACGUAUGACCUAUUGGGACUCCGAACUUACUUCACAUCAGGAGAAAAGGAAACAAAAGCUUGGACAAUACUUGCCGGUAUGACAGCACCUCAAGCUGCUGGAGUAAUACAUUCAGAUUUUGAGAAAGGAUUCAUUCGUGCAGAGACAGUAUCCUAUGAUGAUUUUGUUGCAGCUGGUUCGUUGGCUGCUGCGAGGGAGAAAGGCCUUUUGAGAUCAGAAGGCAAGGAAUACGUUGUACAAGAAGGAGAUGUCAUGCUUUUUCGAUUUAAUGUCUGAUUUAUACCAACAAAAAAGCAACGCCACUGAGACAAGGAUCGGCUCUUUUGUAUCUUUCAUUCAUGAGCUGUCACCACCAAUUGCCUCAACCAAACAACAAGAAUAAUUUAGCCCUACAACAUUUUGUUGGUCAUCCUUCCAGGUUGUUUUCAGUCUUAAUCUCCUCCUCUCCUUCAAGCUUAAGAUACUUACAGUGAAAAUAAUCACGGUUUUAAACCAAUUUUGUUGUGAUAAAGUAUUUUUGAAUGCUUCGUUGUUCUUCAACCACAUUUUUUAAUCUAUCUACCCCUUCUCCCUUAUUUUAAAGGGAAGAGGGAAAAAACUCUGAUUGCUUCAAAGCCAAUCAAGCCCUCAUCAGAGGGGUAAUUCUUCGGUGGUUAGCUUUGACAUGGACUUGCCAAUGAACAAGACAAAAUCUUUCAUUUCCUUGUCAUAAAUAUGAAAGAUUCCUCUUAUCUCACCAGUAUUUGUUUAAAUAUUCAUUUUACUUUUUGUUUCAGUAGGCUAUUUCUCCUAUUGCAUUUCAAAUAUCGAAGUUCAAAAUAACUGAAGAUGUGCUUCUUGUAUUAGGGCAAAGCUUCUUAUAUAGGCCUGCCAUGCUAUCUAUAAACCCAUAUAAGAUUAGGUUAAUGGUGUUUAGAGUUGCAAACAAACCGAGCCGAAUUGAGUAUGUGCUUGUUCAUGUUUGAAUUCAUUUAUUAUCAACUUGUUCAAGUGCUGUUCUA